AAUUGUAGGCCUCUGUCCCUUUUCUUGCUACAUCUCGGUCUUCAGUGGAUGCUACGAAUUUGCUUCCCGUUUGCUACAGUCAGGCAGCAAACCAGCUACUUUUCUGAACGUUACUACCAUCGCAUAAUUAGAAGAGUUUUAACGAUGACUAACAUAGAAGAAAAAAGCAAGAACAAGGCCUUCGGUGGUUGGCAGAAGGUUUUCACUCAUGACAGCAAGGAAGUCCAGUGUAAGAUGACCUUUGGCAUCUACUUGCCACCUCAGGCAGAAACAGAGAAAUGUCCAGUUCUCUAUUAUCUCUCUGGUCUCACCUGCACUGAGCAGAACUUUGUUGGGAAAGGUGGCGCUCAAAAGUAUGCAUCUGAACAUGGCAUCAUCGUUGUUGCUCCGGAUACAAGUCCUCGUGGAUGUAAUAUUGAGGGCGAGGAUGAUGCAUAUGAUUUUGGCUCCGGUGCUGGGUUCUACUUAAAUGCAACUGAAGAAAAAUGGAAGACAAAUUAUCGCAUGUACUCUUAUAUCACAGAUGAGCUUCCAGCAGUUGUCAAUGGUAACUUCCCUGUUCAGGCAGAUAAGAUGUCCAUAUUUGGUCAUAGCAUGGGUGGACAUGGUGCUCUCAUUUGCAGUCUCAAAAAUCCAGGAUUAUACAAGUCUGUGUCUGCCUUUGCACCUAUAUGUAACCCCAUCCAGUGCCCCUGGGGUAAGAAAGCUUUCUCGGGCUACCUCGGCUCAAAUGAAGAAACAUGGAAGGAGUACGAUGCUUGUGAGCUUGUGAAGAAAUAUGACGGCCCACCGCUAAACAUCUACAUUGACCAAGGAAAAGCCGACAACUUCUUGACCCAAUCGCAGUUGCUGCCUGACCACUUCAUAACAGCUUGCACCGAAAGCAAAAUGCCGGUACAGCUUAAUAUGAGAGAGGAUUAUGAUCACAGUUACUUCUUCAUCUCAACAUUCAUCGAGGAUCACAUUAAGCAUCACGCAAAGUACUUGAAGGAUUAAAAUCAUCAUCAAUGGUUACAUUUAUAUAUCUGGCUUAUCUAAACAAUAAAUUCAAAUUCAACAUCUCUGCCCUAUUAUAAGAAAUAAUUGGGCAUAUACCUGGAUUUGCAACAUUGAUGGCAGCGCCAAGACAAACAGCCCCGUGGACAGCCAUCUUGACAUCUAAACAAUGAUUACUUUGGAUUGGAUUAUCCAAGCCUAUUUUAUACAACUUAAUUUUAUAUUUGUUAUCUCUUGUCCACAGAUACAUAAAUAUGUGGUAUGUAUCAGCGUUUUGCAAACUUUUACACUGACAACCCAGUUUUGAAAUUCAGACAUGAAUCAUGAAACACUGACCACAUAAUGCUUAAUUCAGAACUAGCCCAAGUGCACCAUUUUGGGACUGGAUUUUAAAAAUUUAGAUUACAGUAAAAUAUGUAAACAAUGCAUCAACAAUGUUGAUUUUAGCCCCAUUUUGGAGAUUUCUGUCAAAGCCCCGCAAUCCACUGGUGGGCCAUAAUCCACAGUUUGCAGAACAAUUGGUGUAUACAGUAUAUGGUAGAUUAAUACAAAAUGCUAGUACAGAAUUUUAAUGUUUUCAAGAAAACAUCUAGCCAUAAAAAAAAGUACAUGGGUUAAAAGUUUUAUACUAAUAUUUUACUGUAUAUUAGUACACAAAAUGCUUCUGAUUUCUCAGAAAUUAUUUUAUUUAAAAACAAAUCUUUUAAAUCUGAUUUGACAGAAUGAGGCAAACAUGAUGUCAUUAAAUGAUAUGUGUAAAGCAA